CAACCGACAGUAACGUUACAUUUACAUCUGUUCAUUUAGCAGACGCUUUUCUCAAGCGACGUGCAAUUAUUGCAGCCAGAGCAAUUUUUAGUGAAGCAACUAAGAGGAGUCCUCAGACAUGUCGCCCGCCAGCUGAGCGGACCCCGUGAUUCGGCUCAACUUCUGAGCCCCGAUCGGCGGCGGCGGUAGUGGCGGCACUGUGGCGCGGAAGCCCCCCCUCGGAUGCUCCUUCCCGGGAGCGCUGGCUGCGAGAGGAGGGUCUUCCAGGAGGGCUUUCGAGGGGGACUCUGUCUGUGUGAGGGUCGCUGCCCGACGACGGACGGGGCCGGUGAUGCGGGACCCCGGCGCUCCUCCCCGCCCUCGACAUGGCCCGUUCCCGCUGAGUUCUGACCCCACAUCCCUCCGCACGGCUCUGCCAUGAAUCAGAGAAGUUCUUGCACCGAUGGGCCCCGUGAGCGAAGGUAUGGCCUCCAAAGUGCAAGUCUUCUCCCCCCACACUCUGCAGUCAAGUGCCUUCCUUAGUGUGAAGAAGCUGAAGGUGGAGCAGGGCUCUACCUGGGACAUGACUGGCUACGGCACGCACGGAAAAGUCUACAGCCAGACCAGCAAGAACGUGCCAGCCCCCCAGGUGGGCGUCAGUGCGCCCCUGCAGGUUGCCAGCUCCACGCUCCCUUACGAGCAGGCGCUCGUUUUCCCGGCUGGAGGAGGCCACCCGGCGGCGGGUGCGGCGGGUGGCGUCGGGCAGCUCAACAACUUGACCCGUCGGAGCACCGUCAGCCUGCUGGACACCUACCAGCGAUGCGGGCUUAAGCGCAAGAGUGAAGAGCUCGACAACGGCAACGGCAGCGUGCAGAUCGUCGAGGAGCGUCCGGCAAUGAUCCAGACUGCGGCCAGCGGGGCCACCGCCAUCGCCACAGCAGCUGCAGCUACAGCCGCUGGCGCCACAGCCCCCUCUAAGAACAGCAGCGCUAACAGCGAAGGUGACUACCAGCUGGUUCAGCACGAGGUUCUCUGCUCCAUGACCAACAGCUAUGAAGUGCUGGAGUUCCUGGGCCGGGGCACCUUCGGCCAAGUGGUCAAGUGCUGGAAGCGCGGCACCAACGAGAUCGUGGCUAUCAAGAUUCUGAAGAACCACCCGUCGUACGCACGGCAGGGCCAGAUCGAGGUGAGCAUCCUGGCGCGGCUGAGCACGGAGAGCGCCGACGACUACAACUUUGUGCGCGCCUACGAGUGCUUCCAGCACAAGAACCACACGUGCCUGGUGUUCGAGAUGCUGGAGCAGAACCUCUACGACUUCCUCAAGCAGAACAAGUUCAGCCCGCUACCGCUCAAGUACAUCCGGCCCGUCCUGCAGCAGGUCGGUACAGCUCUGAUGAAGCUCAAGAGCCUUGGCCUCAUCCACGCUGACCUCAAGCCGGAGAACAUCAUGCUGGUAGACCCAUCGCGGCAGCCGUACCGGGUCAAGGUCAUCGACUUCGGCUCUGCCAGCCACGUCUCCAAGGCGGUGUGCUCCACCUACCUGCAGUCCAGAUACUACAGAGCGCCGGAGAUCAUCCUGGGUCUGCCCUUCAGCGAGGCCAUCGACAUGUGGUCCCUGGGCUGCGUCAUCGCCGAGCUCUUCCUCGGGUGGCCGCUGUACCCGGGGGCUUCGGAGUACGAUCAAAUUCGCUACAUCUCUCAGACGCAGGGGUUGCCGGCAGAGUAUCUCCUAAGCGCAGGGACGAAGACGACCAGGUUCUUCCAUAGAGAUCCAGAUUCCUCGUACCCUUUGUGGAGGCUGAAGACACCCGAGGACCACGAGGGAGAGACGGGGAUCAAGUCGAAGGAGGCCCGGAAGUACAUCUUCAACUGCCUGGAUGACAUGGCGCAGGUGAACAUGACCACAGAGCUGGAGGGAAGCGACAUGCUGGCGGAGAAAGCCGACCGCAGGGAGUUCAUCGACCUGCUGACGAAAAUGCUGACGAUUGAUGCGGACAAGCGCAUCACCCCUAUCGAAACGCUCAACCACCCGUUUGUCACCAUGACACACCUGCUCGAUUUCCCCCACAGCACACAUGUGAAAUCCUGCUUCCAAAACAUGGAGGUCUGCAAGCGGCGCGUGAACCUGUAUGACGCCGUUAACCAGAGCAAGACCCCGUUCAUCGCCCACGUGGCCCCGGGCACCUCCAGCAACCUCACCAUGACCUUCAACAGCCAGCUGAACACGGUGCACAGCCAGCCCCCCGGCGUAGCCCAGAGGGGCGUAGCCCUGCAGCCUGGCUCCUCCCAGCUCUGCCCUGCCCGGCCCGACCCCUUCCAGCAGGCCCUCAUCGUCUGCCCUCCCAGCUUCCAAGGUCUCCCGGCGUCUCCAUCCAAACACAGCGGCUAUUCCGUGCGUAUGGACAGCGCCGUUCCCAUAGUGACCCAGGCACCCGGUGCCCAGCCCCUGCAGAUCCAGCCUGGCCUGCUGACACAGCAGCCAUGGCCCAGUGGUACCCAGCAGAUCCUGCUGCCCCCGUCCUGGCAGCAGCUCACACAUACCUCAGUGCAGCACGCUGUCAUCCCCGACACCAUGGCGACCACCCAGCCGCUGGCCAGCUGGAGGAAUUCCCAUCCCCACAGCAGCCACUACAACCCCAUCAUGCAGCAGCCAGCCUUGCUGACCGGUCACGUGACCCUCCCUUCGAACCAGCCCCUCAACGUGGGCGUGGCCCACGUGAUGCGGCAGCAGCCAACCAGCAUCUCUACUUCGUCCAAGAAGAACAAGCAGCACCAGCCUCCGGCCAGGAACGUAUCGACGUACGAAGCGACGUCUUUGCAGGCGGCGCCCUCACCGCAGCGCUCCAAGCGCGUGAAGGAGAACACGCCACCCCGCUGUGCCGUGCUCCAGAACGCACCCCCCUCGGGCUGCGGUGCCCCCCUUGCCUGUGGCAGCUGGGCCGAACCCAUGUCUAGCACCACACGGGAGCAGCAGCAGCAGCAGCAGCAACCCCCUAACGUCCCGCGCCAAACCAUCGUCAUACCCGAUACCCCGAGCCCUGCUGUGAGCGUCAUCACCAUCAGCAGCGACACGGAUGAGGAAGAUGACUGCAAGCGCAACAACACCAGCAGCACAUCCAAGCAGAGGAAGAACGUCAUCAGCUGCGUGACGGUGCACGACUCCCCCGACUCCGACUGCUCCGGCAGCGACAGCCCCUGCGCCGUGGAUCCACGGCCGGCCAACAACAACGGGUUUGACUCUACGGGCGCGCCGCCGGACAACCCCCGCACCAUCAUCGUCCCUCCUCUGAAGACCCAGUCCAGUGAGGCUUUGACUGAGUGCGAAGGCCUGUUGCCAGACACAGCAGUGCAGCAGAACUCGGUAUACAAAUACAAACCCUCUGGAGGGGCGCUUCCGAGCGGCAGCCACUCCGCCGGGGCGGGGACCGGGGCAGGGAUCGGGGUUGGGCCGUACCGGCAGCAGCGCUCCGUGGCACCCUCCUUCCAACAACAGCCCCUCAACCUGAGCCAGGCACAGCAGCACAUGGCAGUUGAACGAAGCUCCACCCACCGGCGGCAGCAGGCUUACAUCGCUCCCACGCUCGCGGCCCAAGCUCCCUAUUCCUUCCAUCACAACAGUCCUUCCCACACGGCCGCCGUGCACCCCCACUUGGCCGCCGCCCACCUUCCGGGACAGCCGCACCUAUACACCUACACGGCGCCCGCCGCCCUGGGCUCCACCGGCGCCGUGGCUCAUCUCGUUGGCCCCCAAGGCUCGGCCCGGCACGCGGUCCCGCACGGCGCCUACCCACCCGCCAUGGUGCCCGUCAGCAUGGGCCCCCGUGUGCUGCCUUCCCCCACGCUCCACCACAGCCAAUACCAAACCCCAUUCGCCCACCAGACAUACAUCAGCGCUUCACCUGGCUCCGCCGUCUACACUGGAUACCCUCUGAGCCCCACCAAGGUGAACCAGUACCCGUACCUCUAGAGCCGA